CACAAACACAAACGAGCCGCGGCUGGGCAAUAUGCGCGCGUGCGGUCACCCUUCUCUGUUGGAGACGUUUAAAGUCACUUCCGCGUUUGGUUUAAACGGCAGCUCUUCAAAACAACAUCAACAACAAUGAUGAUGGUGGAGGAGGAGGGCGUGAUCAGAGAUGUGUUCAACAGCUACAACAGAUAUCCUGUUCCUGUGUCUGCCUCCAUCACUACUGAAAAAGGCAUCGGGUCUGAACCCAAGAACCAGAACCUCACCUUAAGCACGGAGUGGAGUCAGUGUGAUGCUGACAGAGGCACUAGAUUGCGCUUUAGCCAGCACUGGAAUCUUCAAUGUAACGAAAAUGCUCUCGGAAAGUCUGUGUGUCUGGGACCCUCUAUGAACAUCAAUGGAGAGCUGCUCAGUAGCCACGCCCCAUCCGGAGUGUAUAGGGCAGUCAUCCGAGAUGGACUGAGGUGUCAAUACCUUGAGGUAUGGGGCUGCAACGGACUGGAGAAGAGCUUGGACCUGGCAGCUCUAAACAAACAUGGAAGAGUGUAUGAUGAUGCACAGUUUGCAUGUCUAUUUUGGUCCCCCUUUGAGGAAAGGUUACUUUACGUAGCAGAGAAGAAGAGGCCGGGGCCAUCGGCCAAAGACGGUGGAAGUGUAGGUGUUCUUGAAGAAGAGGAUAAAAACGUUUAUGUGGAGGACUGGGGUGAGGGUCUGGUUGGGAAAAGUGCCCCUGUGCUAUGUGUAGCAAAUCUAACUAAAGGAGAAGUGACCGUGUGCUCUGGAGUUCCCUCUCAUGUGUCACCUGGACAGGCCUUUUGGUCAGGAGACGGCAAGGCCGUGAUCUUCGUAGGCUGGUGGCACGAACCCUUCCGACUGGGCCUGCAGUUCUGUUCCAAUCGGAGAUCAGCUGUUUUCUCAAUUGACUUGAAAGGAAAUUGUGAGCUCCUGUCAAGUGAUUCCGGCUCGGUGAUGAGUCCUCGACUGAGUCCAGACUCUCAGUGGCUGGUCUAUCUGCAGGGAAAAGUGUUCGGCCCACAUAAACAGUGUCUCCGCAUGAUGCUGUAUGACAUGAAGAACAGAACUACCUCCGUGUUGGUGGACGUAGUGAGGAGAGCAGAGAACGGUCAGUUUAUGGGUGUGUAUGACCCACUUGCCCACCACUGCUGGUCUUCAGACAGUGACAGAAUCUUCUUGAGCAGUGGCUGUGAAAACAGCAAGUUGCUGUUUUCUGUGGAGAGACGAACUGGAAGGGUAACGCCUGUGCAGGACACUGCCUGGAAAGAGGUUGGGAGUAUCAAGCUUUUAGCAGUAAUGAAAGACUUGAUGGUGCUGUCCUGCUCUUCUCCUAAUCACCCCCCUAGUUUGAAAGUAGGGUUUGUACCCGAUGGGAAGCACCCAGAGAGUAUACAGUGGUCUCAUCUGGGCGGAGCUAACACAUAUGAAAGCUUUGACUGGGAGUCACUGAUGAUUACUCCUACACCAGAAGAGGAAAACCAUCAGUUCUCUGGCCUGCGUUUUGGUGCCAUACUGUUGAAACCAGCAAGCUCUUUCAAGACUUUGAAAUUUCCUCUGGUCAUUUUCAUACAUGGAGGGCCUCAUUCUCAGUUUGCUGCUGAAUGGAACGUCACUGCUGCAGCUUUGACUAAACUGGGUUUUGCUGUGCUAAUGGUAAACUAUCGAGGUUCCACUGGUUUUGGCCAAGACAGUAUCGAUUCUCUCCUUGGAAACAUUGGCAGUCAGGACGUCAAAGAUGUGCAGAGGGCUGUGCUGCACGUUCUGCAGAGUAACAAGUCCCUUGACCCUAAUAGAGUGGCUGUAAUGGGCGGGUCUCAUGGUGGAUUCUUGGCCUGUCAUCUUAUUGGUCAGUAUCCGGAUUUCUACAGAGCAUGUGCAGCACGGAACCCCGUCAUCAACGCAGCCACACUGCUCGGGACAAGUGACAUCACUGAUUGGAGAUACUCCUCUGUUGGCCUGGAAUACAAUUUUGACCAGCUGCCCACUCCACAAGACCUGACCACCAUGCUGGAGAAAUCACCGAUAAUGCAUGCAGCACAGAUUCGCACACCAGUGUUGCUUAUGUUAGGUGGCAAGGAUAAAAGAGUGUCGCCAUAUCAAGGUCUGGAGCUUUACAAAGCGCUCAAGAGCAGGAACUCGUCUGUCAGGCUGUUGUGGUACGAUGAUGAUGGUCAUUCCCUGUCUAAAGUGAAAACUCAGUCAGACUGUUUCCUCAAUGUUGCACUGUGGUUUAAACAGCAUUUAAACCUAAACUGAACUUCAUCUAGACUCUACUAAGACAUCAACAAUUGUUGAAGCUGCUAAAACCGGUAAAACAAAAUGCUGUUGUGUGCUGCUUGCAUAAUAACGUUUUGUUUCAAAUUCUUUCUACACUGUGCAAAUUAAUCUGAUGAUGUUGAUGUUUAAGGGUCAAGCCUUAAGCCGUUAUCACUCGUAGCUGGUACGAAGGUGCAGUGAAACGGGAUGUGUCAACAACGAUGUGUGUACAUGGCUAAAACAAUAAGUAUAAGGUACACCUUUACUAAGAAUCCAGGGCUGCAUCUGAAGCCACGUUCCACAAACACAAUGUUUAAACAGCAGUGACAACAUCGGUAGACUAACAUGGUAUGCAGAGAGGAAUGUGGUUUGGGACAAUGAAAAUAAAAUUAUUUAAAGACCCACCACACACACAUAGUGGCACACUAUACUGCCUAGCCAAAAAAAAAAAAAAGUUAUCAUAUCAUAAACCAUUGUUCAACCACCUGAACUUUAAAUACAGCACACAAUGUGGUGGCCAGUUCAUGUGUGAAACUGAUUCUUUAUGCAUCCAGGACCACUCUCAUAAUUUAAGUAAUGAAAUAUGCCUGGGCAAUCAGAGAAAAAAAAUGCAUUUAUGUAAUAACCUGGUCAUUCAGUACAUUCAGGUCAUCAGCUGACAUUUUUUACCACAUAACAUUACUGAAACUAGACCCGAUGUGAUUAGAUUAGAUCCAUGCACGCUUUUUACCCUGAUGCACACUUUAGUCUGAAAUAGGGUUAAUCUGAACUUAUUAGACCGCAUGACCCUUUUUCCAUUCCUCCAAAGUCCAAUCCUUAUGCAGAUUGAAGCAUUUUUUCCUGAUUAGCUUCAUUGACCAAUGCUUUUCUCAUGGCUAUACAGGUACAGUAUUUAGUCCCAAUCCUGUGAGUUUCUGUUCCAAAUUUUUUCGUUUCACUAUUAAACAUAGCUGUGAUUUCUAUUUAUUUAUUUUUAAAUGAAACUAUACCAAAUGUUUAAGUAAUCUCUGAUCAUGGUCAUUCAUGAUUUCUGACCAUAUUUCUUUCUUGAAGUUGAUGGUGUACUGCUAUUCUUCCAGGAUUUAAUGUGUUGGGUGGUUCUUAACCAAACAGCAAUUUCUUCCUUAGUUUUUGUUUCCUUUGCUGGAUACAAGCAAAAAAUUUGACUCCUCUAAAAUAGGGAGGUUUUUUUUUUCUUUUCUUUUUUUUUUUGGGCCAGGCAUUGUAUCUAAAAAAAGUAGAAAAAAAAUCCAUAUCUAAAAUGCACACACUAAACGGGUGCAAAAGCCUAUAUUCUCUCUCAUUUACCAUAAAUAAAUUAGCAACAAAAUUUUGAUUACAAAACUGUCCUUUGUAGAACAGAUAAAUAAAUAGGGAAAAAUCUGCCAAAAAAAAGUUUUACUUGAAUUGUAUAUACCGAAUCAGCAAAAACGCACCAAACUUUUUAAUUCCUUUCGAUCAUCUUUUUGGCCAUCCUAAGAUCUGGGUCAAUAAAAAUGCCUCAGCUGAUGAGCAGUAAAUAUGGUUUAACUCUCGGAUCCAUUUUUCUUUUAUAGUGUAGUAUUAGUUUCUCUCUCUUUUUAACUAGCUUGGUUGCCAGCCCUUGUCUGUCGCUGUGUAGUCAGACUUCUUUUCUGCCUAAAGUUAGGAUUUGAUGAUGUCUGACAAAUCCAAGCUGAAGUAUAACAUAUUUUGUGCCAAAUACGGCAUGUGACUUGCAAAAGGUUAGAAAAAGAAUAUAGAUAUUUAUCUCCUGACCAAAUACACAAAUUCUUACUUAAUUCUUACUAAGUUAAUUAUUCGAGCUUGUGCCCUGCUCUAACCCUUCCCUUGGUUGUCGGGUACUACCGAUGCAAACCACUAGGUGGCAGACCUUUUAUUCUUUUCACGAUUUACUGCAAUAAUCACUGCAAAAAAAUGCCAGAAAAACUAAGGUUGCCCUUUAAUAUUAGUAUUAAGCUUCUUUUUUGAAAGUUAACUUUUACAAUUAAAUAUUAAAUGUAUUUAAAAAUAUGACUGGAAUAGGACACACUGAUCAUUGUUUUAAACCUAGGUAAAUAGGUAAAUAGGUUUAAAACUUUGAUAGGGCCAAUGUUCAUUUUGUUCAUGAUAACGAAGAUGGGGAAAUGUUUGUGAAGGCCCUUUUCCCAUUAUUAAAAUAAUAAUAAUAAUAAUAAUAAUAACAAAAAUAAGUAUUGUAUAAUAGUUCAAUAGUGUCCAUCUUGGUACCAUAUUCAGUACUAAAACUAAUAGUACCAACUAGCUAGACCAUAUCUGUCAUCUUCGCCUGUGCACAUUAAAAGAUUUUCAUGAGAAUGUAAUGGCAUUGUGGAUACUUAAAGCGAGCUGCUGUUUUAUUUCCAUUUUAUAAGAAGAAAUAAAGUCUUUUGAAAUCAUUGUAUUGUAAUUACGAAAACAGUGAAAGUGUAAGAAAUAAUUUAGACUACACCUAACUAUAGCCAAAUUACUGAAACCAUAAAGAUCAUAAAAAUUCCAAAUGUACAAUGGGUGGUACUUAUCCUGCAAAACCGGGUAAAUGAAAAAAUCGUUCAGUGGCAAAUGCGCUUUAAGCACAUUUUAACCGCAUGAAAAUCUGAAUGAAGACAUUUACUAUAUUUUAUAAAGACCACCCCAGUGGUCUGUUCCAGAAAGACAAACAAACAAGCAAACAAAACCCCAUAAUUUCAAAUCCAGAGGUUCUUUAGCAAAAUCUUGUGCCUGUUGAUUUAUCAUUUCCCAGAAAACGGAUUACAUUUAGUUUAAUGAACUCCAGACAGGCUCAGUCAGGAUUGUGGUCAUUUGCAGCCAACUUGAAAAUCCCUCAAUCAGUCAAGGCCUGAGAAUGUGAUCGAUUUGAAAAAUCACAUGCGUCUGCCUUCAGUACCACCAGGGCAGUGAGAUUAUAAAGCAUUGUGAGACGUUAAUUAGCAUUAACGCAUCUUUUAAUAAGUUGCCUUUUCUUCUUUUUGGGAAAACAUAAUGAAAGAGACAGGUUAUCCAUUUCACAACGUAUGAGCAUUGCUAUUUUUCCAUAAGGAUUUUUUUUUUUUUUUAUUCUUACCAGGUUUUUCUUGAUUGCAAAGGUUUUCAAACUUGUUUCCCAUCAAGCAAAGUGCCUGAUUAAAUUUAAGGGAAUUUAAGCUAACCACAGUUGCCAUAAUGGUAUGUUAUGAGAAAUGCUGUGUUGAGUCUAGACAGCAGCUUUUUCUCUCAAGAAAGUUGUUUGCUAUGACUGUUGGAAUCAUCAAUUAAAAAAAAAAAAAAAAAAAAAGAGUGGGUACGUUUUACAGGAUCCCACAUGCUGGAGCUUUAAAAGUAAGCUUCAUAUUUUUUAUAUUAAUUUUAAAAAGUUAUUUGUAGUCUUAUCACAUCCGAUACAGGCCAGGGUUGCGAAUUCUUUGAAAAAAAUAAAACCUAGUAGGCCUAUCUUAGGUGAAACACAGUAUAUUUUCUGCAAUAUAAUCUGUAAUACAGCUUUUAUCAUCA